AUGAGUGCUGCACCCAAAGUAGUCGUCGUCUCCUCCACGAAUCGGGUCAAAACAAAGGCGGCCAAGGAAGGGUUCCAAGCCCUCCUCCCAGGCCCCUACGAAUUCCUCGAAGUAAAAGUCGAAACGGAGGUGGCCGCCCAGCCCUUCUCCGACGCAGAGACGCUCCUCGGCGCGUCCAACCGGGUCAAGAACGCGCGCAUCGCCAGGCCCGACGCCGACUUCUGGAUCGGCAUCGAGGGCGGCGUCGACGAGCACGACGGGAACCUGCUCAACUUCGCCUGGGUCGUGGUGGCGAGCAAGGAAGGCCGCACGGGGAAAGCCCGAACUCCUGCGUACUACCUGCCGGAGGAGUCGGCGAGGCUCGUGCGGGAGGGGCUGGAGCUGGGCCAGGCGGACGACCAGGUGUUCGGGACGUCGGAUUCGAGGAGCGGGAGUGGCUCGGUCGGGCUCCUGACUGGCGAUGUCGUGGACCGCGCGGGCUUUUACACGCAGGCGGUCAUUCUGGCGCUCAUCCCGAUCAAGAACAAGGACCUGACGUUUAAGUGAGUCGGCCGUCUUUGCUUGGAUGGCUUGGGCAAUGUAUCUACAUGUGUUAUGCCCGGGAUCGGAUCUACCCCGCACCCAAGGAGGUGCUUUGGCGGGGCGUCUAGGGGAGAGAUGGCUUAUCUUCUUAAGUAGGACAUCUCCAGUAUUUGUAUUGAAUCGUUGAGCUACUUUCUGGUAUCUCAUUUACCCCUGACAUAGAUGUCAUCAAUCCUAAUCACUUCACGAUGAAAGUUGCACUUGUCACUGCGUCCUCUGCUGGCCUGGGUGCCGCCAUCGCCAAGGUCCUGGCGCCAGAUUUCCGUGUUGUCGUUAACUACCACAGUAGCCCUGAUCGCGCCGCCAAGGUGAUAGCCGAGUUGGAGGAAAUCGCUAGUAAAACCACCUCCCAGCAGGACGGCGAUGGCCCCAGAUUCCUCUCGAUCCAGGCCGAUUUGGCGAAGCGAGCCGACAUUGAGCGCCUGGUAUCCGAAACGGUAGAGAAGAUGGGCCGCCUCGAUGUUCUCGUGUCGAACGGUGGAUGGACCCAGCUCCGAGACUUUUCCAACUUUGACGAUAAUGUGAACGAGGAUGACUGGGAUAGAUGUUUCAACGUCAAUGUGAAGAGCCACCUCUUCCUUCUGUAUGCAGCCCGAAAGCACCUGGAAGAGGUCAAGGGCUCCUUUGUGUCUGUUGCCAGUACUUCCGGGAUCAAACCCAGCGGCAGCUCUAUUGUAUGUUUUAAUCUCGCCUCAAGGUAUAUUUCUUCCUGCUGACUUGACCUCGUUCAACUAGCCUUAUGCCGUCAGCAAAGCCGCCCAGAUACAUCUUAUCCAGUGCUUGACACGCUGCGUGGGCCCCAACAUCCGGGUGAACUCCGUCUCUCCAGGCCUCAUGUUGACUGUAAGUAUCACGGGGGACAUCGGGAAGCCAGAAAAGACUUCGUUUUCUAACAUACAAAUUUGUAGGAAUGGGGACGUCGCUUCUCGGAAGAAAAGAUUAAUCGUACCAAAGAAUUAACCCCUUUAAAAGAGCUACCCGAAGUAGAUGUAAGCAUUUACCCGAAGAGAUUGAUUUAGGGAAGUGUGCGGCGCUGACUAUGUGAUAUCAGGAUGUUGCAGCAGCUGUGAGAAGCCUGGCAGUGAACAUGUCCAUCACUGGCCAGAAUCUCGUUGUUGAUUCUGGAUUCACGGUAUGA